AAAAAUAGAGAGAGAAAGAAAGUGUAAUGUGCUCUAGUUGUAGGAUACACCCUCCUACAUAAUCCUGACACUGCCAAUCAAGGUCCACGGACAUACAUCGCUGGAUUCAAAGCUGAACUGUAAAUAAGCUUUCGGCACUCAGAUGCUUUGAUGAUUCCGGACCGGUGUCAAGAAAUAAAGUCUUGUACAAGUAAUUUCAUAAUUGUCAUGAUUUAUAGACAUCAAUAAAUACUGUCUCACUACAAGAUAUACGAGGAAACUAUCAUUCUGACGCUCUUAUAAUUUGGGAACACUACGCAUGCAAAAGAUGAACAUCUUCAGUAGACUGACGCCUCGUAACAUCGCCCUCCUUUUGAGCUUCAUGACCAUCUUUCUUUUGUACACACCAAACCCGAUCAAUAAUACCACAGACUCUUUUGAUGAUUCUAUCUUUGAAGCUUCAUGCUCCUGUAAAACUUGCAUCAUGGGCUUUAUGGACGAUGUCUGGUUCGUUUAUCGAUACGAUCCCACCACUCCAGCUCUGCUCAACAGAAAAAACAGUGCUAUGCGGCGAGACACCUACAAAUGGUGGAGGGGUCUACAGCCAUCAACAUUCAGAGUUAACUACUCAGAGGUGGUGGAUCAGCUGUUUUCUCUCUUCCCUGAUAAAGAGCACUACUCAGAUGCCGGUCCAGAUCGCUGCAGAACCUGUGCUGUGGUGGGAAACUCUGCAAACCUUCUGGGAUCCCAUUAUGGGUCUCUCAUAGAUUUCCAUGAUGUUGUCAUUAGGAUAAAUAAAGGCCCGACAAAAGGUUAUGAGAAGGAUGUGGGGUCCAAGACGACUCACCGGAUUCUGUAUCCAGAGAGUGCUGUGGACUUGGACAACUCCACCCAUCUUGUCCUUUUUCCCUUUAAGAUUCGAGACAUGCAGUGGCUCAUAAGUACCUUCACCACAAGACACAUCACACGCACAUACACACGAGUCAAAUCUUCAAUCAACGCAGACGAGAACAAGGUGAUGAUCCUCCACCCUGCUUUCAUAAAAUACGUCUAUGAGAAAUGGCUGCUGAAACAUGGCAGAUAUCCAUCUACUGGCUUCAUUACAAUACUAUUUGCCUUGCAUAUCUGUGAUCAGGUGAAUGUCUUUGGGUUUGGGGCUUCAAGUACUGGAACCUGGCAUCAUUACUUUGACAAAACUCGUACUCACUAUAAAGCUGGCCCUCAUGGUGGAGACUUUGAAAACAAAACAAUGCAUCAGCUUCAGCAGAGAAACAAGAUUUCAAUAUAUAAAGGAUAUAGAUAAAAAAAAGACCAAAAUCAUACAUGGACUUUUUUUUUUUUUUUUUUAUGGUCUGUUAAUUUUUGUUGUUGUUGUUGUUGUUGUUGUUUUGCCCAAAACAAAAAACUUUUGGAAAGAGAUAUGUUGUGGCCGUGUGAUCCUAUGUUGAGGGAACGACACCAUUUUCUUGUGGCCAAGAGUUUAAUGCAUUAACAAACCUUAUGAUUACCCCAGUUUUGCUAUGUUCAUGCAGGUUUGUUUACACAUUAAAAGGAUAAAAAAGGCAGUUCUUCCAAUUAAUGAAAGAUCUCAAAAUGAAGUAUACCAAGACAGCUACGAAAAUUUAUGUAAAAAUUAAUGGUAAAUAAAUCAAUUUUUACUACGAAUGUUAACUAACAAUGAUAUUAUUGUUUAGAGAGCUGUAGAAAAGGCUAAAGUACUAAUAUAUAAAACAUCUGGAAUGUUUGUAUGGAAUCAGAUCAUAAUCUUUCAAAUCCUAUUUUGGCUAACCCUUAAAUGCAUACCUCGGGUCAUUAGUGACUAGGGACUUCAUUCACUACACUCUACCACGUUAAUUUUUUAAACUCUGCGUGAACCGGAAGUUACGACCGACUUUACAUUUGUAUUGUGAUGUACUUUGAAUGAGAGAAAACCGAGGGUAUGGAUUGUUUUUUUCUACUGUGAACUGAUUGGAUGUAGUAAAGUAUUAGGGAUGGGCGAUACCAUUUAUUUUGUUUUCAAUACUAUACCGAUAUUUUUCAAGGCAUUAUCAUUGAUAUUGAUACCGAUACGAUACUUCUGAAUUAAACUGUUAAAUUAUGAAAUUUAUUAAAUUAUUAAAUUACUAAGAGUAAAAUGGGUAAUGAUAAGCUCUUAACUUUGUUAAGAAUGAAUUUUAACAUUCAAUACACCUUAAUUGUAAUUUAUUAGGUUAUAUUUUUGUCUACAUAUGGUUCAAAUGUGUUUUUAUUUACACGUGAUUUAAAUCUACAAAUACUAUAGUUGAACUGUGGU